GGAAAAAAGUUUUCGUGCAAACAGUGAAAGAAUUUAAAAAAAAACUUUUGAGAGUAGUAUAUAGUUUGAAUGUGCGCGGUUGCCACUGCCAAGUUACCACCCUGUACCAAUUCCAAAAAACCGCCCCCAUUCAAAUUUAACAGGCAAGAAUCCUCUGAAAUACACCAUUGGUCACGCCAGCAAACGAAAAAUCGAUAAUGCUGAAAUUGCGGGAGGAAAAUGUUUACAAGAUGCGAUAGUAGCUGUGCCAAAGCGAUCAUUUUGGUUUUCGUUACUUGCUUUUGUGUCGAAAAUUGCGCUGCCUUGCAAAGGACCCUGCGCCACUACGAAGUAUUCCACAAGGAUGAUGUGCUGCAUAGAGUGGUCAAGCGGGGAGCCAAACACAGCUCCAACCCCUUUAAUGUCAUCAAGGAGGUGGAGUUCACCACUCUAGGGAAGAACUUCCGCCUGAUUUUGCAUCCGCACAAAGAUGUGCUCCAUAGUAAAUUUCGGGCCUACGCCGUGGAUGCGGAUGGUAAUGAAACCGUAGUGCACAUGGAUCACGACAGCUUCUAUACGGGUCGUGUUUUUGGCGAGCUGGAGUCUUCAGUGCGAGCUCACAUUGAAGGCGGUACCAUGACAAUGUCCAUCCACCUGCCGGAGGAAACAUAUCACAUUGAGCCUUCAUGGAGGCACCUACCAGACGCCAAAAAGGACACCAUGGUGGCGUACAAGUCCUCAGAUGUGAAGCUGCACAAAAAUGACGCCGGAUCCAUCCCGAAAACUUGUGGCUAUAUAAAGGAGGGUCUCGACUUGGAGGAUAAAGAAAGCGACGAAUUGGACAAUGAGUUGCAUUCGCGGGAGAAGCGCCAGUCGGACCAGUAUGAAUAUACACCCACCAAGACUCGAUGUCCUCUACUUUUAGUGGCAGACUAUAGAUUCUUUCAAGAGAUGGGUGGAGGUAACACGAAAACCACAAUCAACUACUUGAUUAGUCUCAUCGAUCGGGUGCACAAGAUCUACAACGAUACGGUUUGGCAAGACCGCUCUGAUCAGGAGGGUUUUAAAGGCAUGGGCUUUGUGAUCAAGAAGAUUGUUGUGCACUCGGAGCCAACGAGACUACGUGGAGGUGAGGCCCACUACAAUAUGAUCCGCGAGAAGUGGGAUGUGCGCAACCUGCUGGAGGUCUUUUCGAGGGAGUAUAGCCAUAAAGACUUUUGUUUAGCCCAUCUUUUUACCGAUCUCAAGUUCGAAGGCGGCAUCUUAGGCUUGGCUUAUGUUGGGUCCCCGCGCCGCAACUCCGUUGGCGGCAUUUGUACUCCAGAGUACUUCAAAAAUGGCUACACUCUAUAUUUAAACUCUGGGCUAAGCAGUUCCCGUAACCAUUACGGACAGCGGGUCAUCACUCGUGAGGCGGAUCUGGUGACAGCUCACGAGUUCGGACACAACUGGGGCUCAGAGCACGAUCCCGACAUACCCGAGUGCUCGCCCAGUGCCUCCCAGGGCGGCAGCUUUCUCAUGUACACCUAUUCUGUUAGCGGUUACGACGUGAACAACAAGAAAUUUUCACCGUGCUCGCUUCGCUCCAUCCGCAAAGUUCUUCAAGCCAAGUCAGGCAGGUGCUUCUCGGAGCCAGAGGAGUCCUUCUGCGGCAACCUGCGCGUGGAAGGCGAUGAACAGUGUGAUGCCGGGCUGCUUGGCACGGAAGACAACGACUCGUGCUGCGACAAAAACUGCAAGCUGCGCAGAACCCAGGGCGCUAUGUGCAGCGACAAGAACUCACCGUGUUGUCAGAACUGCCAGUUCAUGGCUUCCGGGAUGAAAUGUCGAGACGCGCAGUACGCGACCUGUGAACAGGAGGCUCGUUGUACUGGAGCCCAUGCUGAGUGCCCCAAAUCGCCGGCCAUGGCUGACGGAACAACCUGUCAGGAGCGUGGACAGUGUCGGAAUGGCAAAUGCGUCCCGUACUGUGAGACUCAGGGCCUGCAAAGCUGUAUGUGUGAUAUAAUCGCGGAUGCCUGUAAGCGCUGCUGUCGAAUGAGCAUCAACGAGACGUGUUUCCCUGUGGAACCACCGGAUGUCCUUCCGGAUGGCACGCCUUGCAUAACUGGAUUCUGUAAUAAGGGCGUUUGCGAAAAGACUAUACAAGACGUUGUUGAACGCUUUUGGGAUAUUAUAGAAGAAAUAAAUGUGGCAAAGACUCUGCGGUUUUUGAAGGAUAAUAUUGUCAUGGCCGUGGUGCUUGUCACCGCAGUUUUUUGGAUUCCAAUUAGCUGUGUCAUUUCUUAUUUUGAUCGCAAGAAACUCCGUCACGAAAUGAAGCUAAUCGAGUGGAGCCAGAAGUUAGACCUUAUUCAUCCAAGCGACGAGAGGCGCCGUGUCAUACACAUACGAGUACCGCGCCAAAAGAUUUCAGUGGCGCGAGCUUGCAACUAGAAUUUAAUAAAGCGGCUCGCCUUUCGGUCCUCUUCCGUGAGCAUGGUUCUCAAGACUUUUACAAAUAACACAAAAGAAUAAAAUUCCGUAUAGUAUAGUCCCAAA